GCGAAAGUGCAGUUAAUUAACAUAAAACCAAAACUCAAUUGAUUAUUGUUAUUUUGAUCUCAAUUCAAUAUUAUAUAUAGAAUAUCUUAUUGAAUGGGAAAUUUUUGUUUGGAAACACUGGUACACUGAAAUCAUCAGUCAAGUUUGGGUGACUACAUGAUACGAAGAAUGAAGUACAAAACGUAAAUAAUUUGAAUUUUUAUUGUAUUGUUGAGUUUUUAGUUUUUUUUAAUUUGUAAAACUCAAUCUGAAUCUCAGUGCACUUUCGUAUUCAGUUGAAUUCAAAGGGUGGUGCCUUUUCAAUGCCUGAAAAUGUCCAGAAAUAAGAUUGUUAUGAAAACCUCUUCAGACAAUUCCAUGGUAGAAGUUAAGAGCAAGUUUGAUGCUGAAUUCAGGCGCUUUUCACUGGAAAGAAAUCCUCAAGCAAAGUUUGAAGAGUUCAAGAACUUACUUGAAGAUCUUCAUAAUUUGAAAGAUAUAACUUUUCUUGUUUCAUAUAUAGAUCCAAGUGACCAAGAUUUGCUUCCAAUAAAUAAUGAUGAUAAUCUUCGAAGGGCACUCUUGAAUGCAAAACCAUUAUUGAGAAUUAUAAUCCAAAGAAAAGGAGACAGUCUAGAGGAAUUAAAUGGUUAUGGAACAAUUAAACCACAACGUAAUUUAAUAUCUAGUAUAUUAGGGGGAACCCCUGGAAGAACUAAAGCAUUAGCAAUAUCUAAUCCGCAUGACUUUCGGCAAGUGUCUGCUAUCAUAGAUGUGGACAUUGUACCAGAAACAUGUCGAAGAGUAAGGUUACUCAAACAUGGCUCAGAUAAACCUUUAGGAUUUUACAUUAGAGAUGGUACAAGUGUUCGGGUCACUCAAAAUGGACUGGAAAAAAUUCCGGGUAUAUUCAUUUCUCGUUUAGUUCCUGGAGGACUUGCAGAAUCAACAGGUUUGCUUGCUGUAAAUGAUGAGGUCCUUGAAGUAAAUGGUAUAGAAGUAGCAGGAAAAACUCUCGAUCAAGUAACAGAUAUGAUGGUAGCUAAUAGUUCGAAUUUGAUAAUAACCGUCAAACCAGCUAAUCAGAGAAUGGUAGCUCCUGUUAGACGAGGCAGCUUCAGUAGAAAUUCACAACUAUCCCAACAGUCGAGUGGUUCGCACCAUUCCCACACAACGGCUGGAUCAGAUCAAGACGAUCAGGAUGAAAUUGUUGAUUUGACCAAAGGACAUCUAGAUAACAGCAUAAGGGAUGAAGGGGUAUUGCAUUUGUGAAAACCAGUAAGUCAACAUGUGAUAAGAUUCAAUAGCACCUUUAUGACCAAUAUGAAUUUGAGUAUGUUGGAAUAUGUUUAUUUUUUGUGUCUUCCAAAGUUAGAUCAAUAUUUUUAGUCUAAGUAACUUUUUAAAUUGAUGUUUUUAACUUUUUUCCUUUUGAAUUCUCUUACAGUGAAUUCUUAUAAUUCAUAAAUUUAAGUUGCUCUAUUUCUGAUACAAGAAUUGUUUGAAGGGUAGGUUCAUGAAAUGUAUAAUCAAAAUUUUUAAAUCGCCUUGUAUAUCCAAAUAUCAUUUUUAUGAUGUAUAUUUCUAUAUAAUCGUUUUCAUUAGUUCAAUACUCUGUUUAUUAAAUAUUAAAAAUAUGUCAUUUGGAAACAAGUAAGGAUGGGUGAUGAAGUGUUUCUGAUUUUUCAAUUUUUACCAAAGUGAUAUAAAUUAUGGGGAACUACUUAAUUCUACUAGCCAUUAAUUUUUUAACAUAUAACUUGAUAACACUGACUUUCUGCAAAUAAGAACACUAAGCUCUGAAAAAUAUUGUGUGUUCCUAGAAAAUUUUCACUUAUUAGAACAUUCUUUCAAAAACAGAACUCAGUUAAAAUAAAGCAUGCAUUUUUACAUUUGAAUUCCCCAAAAAACAAUUCUUAUCAGAAAAUGACAAUUUAUAGUAUUUUCGAUUUGCUAUUGCAUUAUUUUUGGAGCAAUUAUUUGUUAUUGUGUAUUAAAUUUUUUUUUUAUUUAAUGAAUAUUAUUAUGAUCUUGGGUACCUAAUGGAAUAAUCUGAAGUGAUUUUAAUUACAUUGAACAUUGGCAUAUAACAACAUACUUGGUCGAAAGAAUAAUUACUAAAAGUAAUAUACGCAGAAUCAGAAUAAUAGCUGAUUGAAAAAUGAAAAUGGAAAAUGUUUGGUCAUGAGACUUGCUCAAGGGUAAAAAAAUUACCUUCAUUUUAAUAAUCUCCUAACAGUGAAUAAUAAGUACUUAAAAUGUAACUGAGAGACUCUUCAACAUUCCAACUCAAUAAUUCCAAUUUUAUCUCCAAGUAUUGAUUUUAUCAUGUUUUAAACUGAUUUACAUAUUGGAACUAUUUUAUUAUAAGUUAAUUUUAUUGUUAUAUUAUUGUCAGUUUUUAGUAUUUUUUUAAGUAUUAUUUUUGUCAUGUAUGUGGUAUUUAAUAUAAAAAUUAUUGGAUUUGUAAAUAUUUUCUAUUUCACUUGAAGUCCUUCUAAGAAAUUUCUAUUUUGAAUACAUAUUAUGAGAGUGUAAAUAAAAAGGCAGUAUUAUUAUAUAACUAGCGUAAAGGAACAAAUAACCUUCUGUCAAAAAAUGAAUAAGCAAAAAAUUGCAAUUAAUGACUUUGUCUAAUUACAUUCCAUAUUAUUAUUAAAGAAAGGUUGUUUGUGUUCUCUCCUUUUUCAGCAUUAUGGAUAAUAUGUGAAAGAGUGGAGGAAAUGUUGAAUUUUCCAUUACACCAUUUCAAAUUGUAUGUUUCUAGAAUUUACAGAAAAUGACAGUAUUAUAUGUUAUGAAUUGAUAUUCAAAUGUACUGCUAAUGGUCUAAUCUUUUUCUCAGUAUGAAGGUGCUUUUAACAAUAUAAAGUAAUUUGUUCUGGAACAAUUAGCAAAACUAGGGGUCUUAAAUAAUCCAGCAAUUUAUGAUAUUGCAAAGCCUUUUCGAAAACAAGGUCUAGGUAAAUAACUAGACUGAAAAUAACGAAGAUAAAGUUUCAAAUUGUGCCUCAAAUAAAAAUCCGUCCAGUGGUUGCCUUGAAGCUAUAAACUAUUCUAUAUAAUCUCUUUAUACUAUUGAGGAACAUAAAUAAAUAAUUCCUGAAAUAUUAAUUUUUAAAACAGCACUCGUUCAGAGGACAUUCAUAUGAUAAUUCGAAACAGAGGAAGUUCAUAUUUUGUUUGAUGUUAUUUAUGAGUACAACGAAUAUUUGGGGUGAAGUGUAUUUUAUAUAACCUAACACAAUUUCACAUUUACUCUCAUCAGAGUUUUAUUCAUCUAUAUAUUGAAGACAUAUAAAAUUAACUUGGCUUUGAUGUUUAUUAGUGAUACAUUGAGACUGAAAGUAAAUUUCAAGAAAAAAAUUAUUUUGAAUCUAACUGCUUGAAAAUAAUCCAUCUAAUAUAAAAAUUCGCGACAAUCCUUAGGAAAUUUAAAAGAUUUACAAAUUAAACCAAAAUCUAUACUAUCACUUAAAGCCUCCAUGUCAAGUUUUCUUCAUCUCUAUUUGAAAUAAAAAACUUAUAAAAUACAUGCACCUUAACAUAUAUGAUUAUUGAGAUAGAAUUAUUGCCUGUUGGGAGUGCUGUUUUGAGUAAUACAUAAGAUCUAUAUGAAUUUGGAAAGUGCUAUAAAUUGCAACAACAAAUGUAAAGUUCAAAAAAUUAAUUUGAACUAAAUAUUGAUUGGGCUAAGUGGCUAAUGUAAUGAUAGUGAAGUCUCUCAUAAUAUCGAAACAAUUCUAUCAUUAAUCUUAUAUAGUAACAUCACAUAUGUACUUAUUGAAGUUAUUUCGAAUAUAUUUAUAUUGAGUUA